AAAUCACAGACCACAAAUCCAAGCACUAGCAAAGGUGAUGUUCUCCAAAUGGAUCCCAUGACAGUGAUGGUGCUCAACUCAACACAUCCAUUUGAAUAUGAGACAUCAGAACAUGGAGGAAAGACCAUGUUUCAUGCUAAAGUGGCUACUGAGAACCAGUAUUACCAUGUGAAAGUUUUCAACGUCUCCCUGAGAGAGAAGUUCACAAAAAAGAAUUUCAUCAUCAUCUCCAAUUUUGUCAAGGGGAAAGAAAUCCUAGAGAUAAAUGAAAAUUCCUCUGUGGUUGAAGCUGGCCCAGACCUAAAGUUUGAAGUUCCCAACAGUAUUAUCAAAAGAGCAAAUGAAACACCCAAGAUCCGUCAUAUUGAAAAGGGUGCUUCAGGAGCACUGUUUUAUGGCUUGUUUACAUUAAACAAGAAAACAGUGAAAGUAAAGAACACAAUCUAUGAAAUAAAAGACAAUGAAGAAAAUCAUAUAGAAGUGGUGGGGAACGGCAAAUGUUACAACAUCAACUGUGAGGAAGGAGAUAAACUCCAACUCUACUGCUUUCAGCUGAGAACAAUUGACAAGCAACCAAAAUUAGUGAGUGGAGAUCACAGUUUAAUUGAGGUAGGAAAAAGAGGAAUUGUACCAAAGAAGCCUUCUAAGGAAGAAGGUCAGCAUCAAGGUCCCAAACAAGUGAUGGUAUUGAAAGUAACAGAACCAUUUACUUAUGAUAUGACAGAGGACAAAAGGAUGUUCCAUGCUACAGUUGCUACUGAGACGGAAUUCUUCAGAGUGAAGGUUUUUGACACAGCCCUAAGGAAAAAGUUCAUCCCCCAAAAGAUCAUUAUCAUAUCAGAUUAUUUUGGAGCCAAUGGGUUUCUGGAGAUAUACAAAGACUCCUGUGUGUCUGAUGUGAAUGUUAAACAAAUAAUGGUUAUCUCGAAUACACUGAGGCAAAGAGCUAACGAAACUCCAAAAAUUUCUCAUCUUCUUACACAAACAAAUGGGACAUUUGUGAAUGGAGAGUUUGUAGUAACGAAGAAAAAUAAGAGGAAAGAAUUAAUUUACUAUGGAAUUGAAGAUGAAACAGGAAAAAUGGAAGUGGUGGUAUACGGACGGCUGACCAGGAUCAACUGUGAGCCAGGCAAUAAACUUAGACUCAUCUGCUUUGAAUUGACCCAAAGUGAAGAUUUGUGGCAGCUGAGGUCUUCAAGGCACAGUUACAUGCAGGUGAUCAGUGCUGGAAUGUAAAGGAAAAUGACUCAGCCCUGGUUCAGUUAUGAAAACCUCCCUAGAACUAUACUUCUGAAAACCUGAAUGUCAAUGAUAAUGUUUACGGAGAUAAGAACCAAGUACAGAAAAUGAAUGUGUAUAUGACCUGUUGAAAUACCAUACCUAUAAAACCCAGCUGUUAAUUCUAAGAAAUGGUGCUUUCUUACAUUUUUUAUACAUUUGUGUACUAUCUAAAUUUCAUAUUUUGUAUCUAUAAGUUUUAUACCUAAAACAACAAAAAACAGUUUCUGUAAAUCAGUGCUUCCCUGGGAGUAUCUUUAGCCUUUUAAGAGUUGCUGUACAAAAAAAAAAAAAAAAAAAAAAAAAAGUUACUGCAUUGAACAUAUGACAGGAGUCUACCGCAGAAGGCAUCUGAAAGACUCUAACUAGCAGUGUUUCAAAGCAGAUACUAAGACCCAUAACCAAACCUUCGGGAGAGUACAGGGAAUCAUAUGAUAGAAGGGGAGUUAGUAUGAUGUGGAAAGGAUAGGAGCGCCACAAGGACUAAAUAUAUCUGGGCACAGGGUCUUUUCUGAGACUGACACUCCACCAAGGACCAUGUACGGAUAUAACCUAGAAUCUCUGCUCGGAUGUAGCCCGUGGUAGCUCAGUAACCAAUUGGUUUCCCACAGUCAGGGGAACAAGGACUAUUUCUAACAGGAAUUCAAUGGCUGGCUCUUUGACCUCCCCACCCCCCAAGGGAGGAUCAGUCCUGUUAGGCCACAGAGGAGGACUUUGCAGCCAGUCCUGAUAAAACAGGGUCAGAUGAAAGGGGAGGAGGUCCUCCCCUAUCAGUGGACUUGGAAAGGGGCAGGGAGGAGAUGAGGGAGGGAGGGAGGGAGGGUUGGAUUGGGAGGGAAUGAGGGAGCAGGAUACAGCUGGGAUACAGAGUUAACAAAAUGUAACUAAUAAGAAAAAUACCCCUGCACAGAUGUAGCACAUGACAGUUCAGUGUCCAAGUGGGUUAUAUAGUAAUGGGAAGAGGGACUGCCUCUGACAUACUCUGAUUGGCCUGCUCUUUGAUCACCUCCCCCUGAGGGGGGAGCAGCCUUACCAGGCCACAGGCCACAGAAGAUGACAAUGCAGCCACUGCUGAUGUGAUCUGAUAGACUAAGAUCAGAAGGAAGGAGAAGAGGACCUCCCCUAUAAUACCUUUUAAGAUUCGAAAGAAGGUUGAAUUCAGCCUUGAGUGUAGUUCCCAAAGAUCCUGUGCUGAGGACAGAAUCAAGUCUUCACACCCCUUUUGCUGAGUGAAUGUGAGUGUAUUCUAGAGAUUAUCUUUUUGAAAUAAAAAUCCCCAAAAAUGAGGUCUUUGGGGUAAGGCAUGCUAUUUUCAACAUUAAGGAAUCUCAUCUCCAGUUCUAGAGUGAAAUAAAAUCACUGCAGACUUUUAGGGGAAAAUAAGGAAGCCUUAUCUUAAAGGAAAGCAAAGGAAUUAAGAAAUUAGUCAGGAUUCCCAGGGAGGCCUUUCUGGAGUACUAUUUACUUUUCUAUGCUGGAAAAGUAUACGUGACAGAAGCAACUGAGUAGCAAUGGAUUUAUUUUUGCUUAUGGUUUAAUGGUAGAGGAAGGUGAGAUUGAUGAUCAUAUUGUACCUGCAAUAGGCAGCAGAGAGAGAUGAACUCUGGAGUUGAGCUCUCUCUCUGUCUCUCUCUCUCUCUGUCUCUCUCUGUCUCUCUCUCUCUGUGUGUGUGUGUGUGUGUGUGUCUGACUCUCUGCUAAGGACCUUAGCCUAUUCAACAAUAUCACCCGUACUUAAAUUGAGUGUUUCUGUAUUCCUUUACAUAGUCUAGAGACCUCUCCCAUGCAUACGCUCAAAGGUUUUUCAGAAGUGAUUGUAGAUGAUGUAAGAUUUACAGUCAGUAUUAACAGUCAUAUGGGGCAAACAACAAACAUGGAAAGGUUGGGAUAGCAGAAAUAAAGGCAGAGAUUGUUAAUGAGCUAAGGAUGAGUGGAUCUCUCAUCUUGGAAAUCCAUGUCUUAUUUCCCAUUCUAAUGGUACUGAACAUUUGUGCUUAAUGAGAUAAAUUUAGUUCAUGGUCACUUCUCAUCUAUAGAUAAAUGCCACUAGAGAGCAUUUGUGGAAGGAAAUUCUUGUUUGUUUGCUUUUCUUUUAUUAUCUGUUUUGCUUUAACUUUGCUAUUCCAGGCUGAGACAGUCUGGCAUGGGGAUUAGUUUAGCAACUUGAAACUCCACUUUUCUUGUCCUGUAACCACAAUGCACUUUCUAGCCAGAGACCAGUAUCCAUAUUCACUGUGUACAUUCAAAGUUCUUCUAAUAAUAUAUCUGAAACUUAUUGUUAAUAUUAGUAUGCACAUACAUCAGGUUGCAAAUAUAUGUGCUGCAAACGAUGAAAAUGAUUACUGCCCUUAGAAAUACCUUCCUAAAACCCUUGUUUAUAUUCAAAUGUAUCACAGACCUUUUGCUACCAAGAAAAACAGCCUGAUCCAGCCUAGACUAGCUUGGGUACAUGUACAGCCAGACAAACUGUGUCUUUAAAAUGAACUGUUUUGAUGGAUAUUGUAUUCACCUCCUUUUUCUUAUGCAUAGUUGUGUGUAUCUAACCAAAAUAAAGUGUUCUGUAAAUUCACAGGGAGUAAACGCCUACCUAAUCUAAGCACAUCAGUUGAAAUAAAGACUGACCUGUGUUACACCUUCAGCAAACUAACUCUUGAACUCCAUGAAAGCAACUCCAAACAAAAACUGGGGCCUUGAGUACCUUUACUCAUGUGGUCCACAGUUGCUCUUCACACAUAGUCCUUCCUAAUAUGCGUUGUAACUUUGCUUUAAAUAAACUGUCACUGCUUCUUUAAAAUCUGUGUGAGCCUUUGCUAAAAAUCUUUGAAUAAAAGGGCAAUAUUUUGGAA